CUAGCCGCCGCCGUGCACGAUGAUCACCCUGCUCUGACCAGAGUCACGUCCGCCCAUGGGCGUCUCCGCUGAGCUCGAGCGGGAUGCAGAGAACGCCGCAGAGGAGAAAGACCAGGAACGACAGAACGGCGGCGUCGCAGAACGUGCCGAUCAUAGCGAGCAGGCCUCCGAAGACGAUCAGUCGGUUGGUUCCAUAGACCGUCCGCCCAGCGAGCAAGAGCACCUUCCGCCAGCAAAGAUCUACGGCCCUUACUCUGUUCAUGUCAUCUGCCUCCUGAUCCCUGGAUCUAUCCUCGGCGUGCUCGGGCGUCUAGGAUUGCUAGCCAUCGCGAAAUAUGACGGGGAGAGCAUCUUCCCUCUCGCGUACGUGCAGGCGUUGGGAUGCUUUAUUAUGGGGACGGCGCUAGGCUUGAAGGAACCUCUCGGCAACUUCUAUGGUCCCCUCUACACCGGAAUCACAACGGGAUUCUGUGGCUCGUUGACCACCUUCUCGAGUUGGCAAACGGACGUCUUCGAUUCCUGGACGAACGCACAGGAUCACCAUAGAGGCGGCUUCUACGAUUUCAUGGACGGCCUAUGCAAGACCGUCUUCACACUUACCCUAUCGCUGGGAUCCGCCAUGUUUGGCCGACACGUCGCCGCCAACAUCAAGCACCUUAUACCCACCCCAGGGCCACCGACCAUGGUCGUACGGUACACGAUAGAUGCACUUUGCGUGGUCAUGUACGCAGUAACCUUGGCGCCGUUCUUCACCCUCCCAACUUCCAUCCGACAUCAAGCCACCGCCGCGCUCCUCUUCGCCUUCCCCGGGACGCUCACUCGCUACCUUCUGUCUAUCACACUUAACCCCAGGAGCCCGUCCUUCCCGCUAGGGACAUUCACUGCAAAUAUGGUGGGUACGACGCUGCUGGGAACCUUCCAUGUUAUUCAGGGCAUUCGGGAUGGCUCUGUGUCGCCUACAAGCUGCGCGAUAUUGCAGGGAUUGGACGAUGGGUUCUGCGGAUGUCUGACUACGGUCAGCACAUUCGCAGUGGAGGUUCUAGGCCUGCGAAUGCGACAUGCCCUACGGUAUGUGCUUGUGAGCUGGGUGGCGGCGCAAUUACUGCUGUUGGUCGUUCUCGGGCCGUCCUACUGGCACGCAGGGAUCAGUAAGACGACCGUAUGUACCUAUUAGAAGUGCGCUAGUACUGCCGUAGCCAAAGUAGACGCGCUGCCGAUACCAUCGAGGCAAAUGGUUG